AUGCCCAGUUCGCCAGCCGCCGCCUCGACUGCCUUUGACCUGGAUACACAGCUCCGCCGACCGCCAGAGCCCAAGAAGCGACCUCACCCUGAUCAGCUACACCACUUCCGUCCUCCUCCGCCGCCUCCGCUGCGCCCACCCACCUCGUCGCCCAGCACUACGACCACCCCUCCGCCCAUCGACACCCUCUCCUCUGCAUCCCUACCACCGCCUCCUCGUCCGCCCGUCUUCCAGUCCGUGUCCAGCGACGCCCUUGACGCGCCCUCUCUACGCAAGAAGCCGCGUCUCCUCCCGCGUCACGAGCGCUUUACCUUCUCCGGCCCUUCUGUCAACCGCCUGCAGCCCCCAUCGCCGCUGUUCUUCUCAAAUUCUCCGCGGCCGCGUCCGCACCUGCCACCGCGCUUCACCUCGUUCGAGGCAGGGGCCACAAUGCUGACAAAGGCCAAUGGCGAGGACAGCCAUGUCAAGACCGUGACACUUGCACGCGGCACCAUCUCCAACUCGCUGCGCCGCUCCAUCGACCGCUCUAGUGCCGGUCGCAGUGCUUCGCCCGAUCUGCGUGCUGACGUCUCGCUCAAUUCUAUCGGCAUCCUCGAGCUUCUCGACCAUGACGACCGUCCUGCUUUGAUAUUGGAUCUGGCGGACGGUACAAACAACACAGAGCUGUCACUACGACCUGUCUUCACAAACAGGUCUUUGCGCUCAAGUCCGGAUCUCAUCAACGCCCUUACGGGCACUGCCCGAGAUCACGAUGACGCCGCAUUUGCACAGUUCAAGGCAUGGGCACUUGGCUCACAAGUCAAUGGUGAACCUCUCAGUGUGCCACUACCAACACACGACUAUGCUGGUAUAAGCUGGUUUUGUUCGACGCUGCGCAAGAGGCUACGAAUCAUCAGCGGCGCAUCGGCUGCCACGACCUCCAACGGCGCUUUGGCUACGUCUGCAAGUCGCAACUCUUCAAGCUCGACCUCAACAUCAGCCAUGUCUAUAUCACAACCCUCUUCCUCCUUGCCCAUCUCUGGUUCAGCCCUAUCUGCAACUGUAGAAGAGCCUGAUGACUAUUUCGGGAGUGCAGCACCCGCUCCGACCUCAGCUCCUGCUCCAGCAGAGAUCUCUCCCUCUAUCAUUCCUUCUACCGAAGUAGUUGACGACAAGGCUCGACCAAUCUCAUCAUCGUCUCUUUCACUUAGCUCUCGCAAGAAUUCGUCCCCUGGUCUUCAUGAUACCACAUCACUCGACACGCAUCCUUCUUUCGUCAACGAGCAAGUACUUUGCGCCCAAACUGCGGGCAACGUUGACUGGUUCGAUAGUUCGUCGAGUGCUUUCUGCCAGGAAGGCCCCUCUUUCGACUGGACCCGCUUGCCCAUAAGCGAUUCGAUGCCUCCACAUAUCAAAUUUGCACGCAGCAUCGAAUGGGAGAAGACUCCAUUAGGCUCGAUCGAAAGCUGGUCAUCAGACUUGCGCCAAAUGUGCAACCUGAUCAUGGCCAGCCCUCAUCCGGCUGCUAUGUAUUGGGGUCCAGAACUGGUCGCCAUCUACAAUGAAGCUUAUGUCAUGCUAGCUGGUCAGAAGCACCCGGCUCUUAUGGGCCAACGUUAUGCGGACGCAUGGUCUGAGAUAUGGGCAGAUGUCAAGGACGUGUUUGCCAAUGCGAUGCACACUGGUGAAGCAACCAUGAAAGACGACGACCGGUUGUUCAUCAUGCGCAACGACUAUCUUGAAGAAACAUACUUUUCUUGGUCUAUAAUUCCCAUGGUUGGUGGUGACGGCAGCGUCAUGGGCUUAUAUAACCCUGCUUUCGAGAAGACGAGACGGAAGCUUGCUGAGAGACGCAUGAUAACCCUUCGUGAGAUCGGUGAGCGUACCGCCCCCGCCAGAGAUGUCAGAGGUUUCUACGCGGAGGUCAUCGCCGCCUUGGAUUUGAACGAACACGACACACCUUUUGCCAUGCUCUAUUCUGUUCAGGAUGAGACUGACAGCGAUGCAUCGUCCAUCCAUUCUAGCAGCGUCAUGACUAACAGACAAUGCGUUCUAGAAGGCACUUUGGGCGUACCUGAGGACCAUCCCGCAGCUGUCUCAUGUUUUGACCUCAAAACCGGCAUGGAAGGACUCGGCCCGGUUUUCCGUGAAGUCAUGAAGACUGACAAGCCUGUUCUUCUUGAAGUCGGCACAAAGGAUCUUCCAGCUCACCUGUUGGAAGGCCUUGGUGGGAGAGGCUACGAUGAUUCCUGCCGAAAUGUUGUAAUUUGUCCUAUACACCCUACAACUGGAGAGGCUGUGCUUGGAUUCUUGGUCAUGGGCGUCAAUCCUCGAAGACCGUACGACGAAGAUUACAGCUUGUUCAUACAACUGCUCAACAGACAGCUUGCGACCUCUCUGGCUUCUGUUGUUUUGUUCGAAGAGGAAAUCCGACGAGGUCAAAGAGCGGCGAAGCUUGCCGCUCUCGACAGGAUGGAGCUCUCGGAACAACUGGCGGCACGCACCCAGGAAGCCAUCGAGAGCGAGACGAAGUUUACUCGGAUGGCGGAGUUUGCCCCUGUCGGCAUGUUCAUAGCCAAUUCUGAAGGUACCAUCACCUACUGUAACGAUACGUGGUUCGAGAUAUCUCGGGUUUCCAGGGACGAAAACACUCCAGACCAUCACUGGAUGGAUGCUGUUAAUGACGAGGACCGUGAAUUUAUCAACAAACUAUGGCAUGAUCUCAUCAUUGAAAAGAAACCACAAACCGGUACCUUCCGAUUCAAGUCCAAAUGGCAUGGUUCUGAAGGACUAGAGGGUGAUCGAUGGGUGCUCUUCUCUGCUUAUCCAGAAAAAUAUGAUGAUGGGAAACUCAAGAGCGUUUUCGGCAGUCUCACUGACAUCAGCAAGCAGAAAUGGGCUGAAGGGUUCCAGAAACGCAAGAUGGAAGAGGCCGUGGAGCUCAAGAGGCAACAAGAAAACUUCAUUGACAUCACUUCUCACGAGAUGCGCAAUCCACUCUCGGCGAUCCUGCAGUGCGCUGACGAGAUAAAUACAACCAUGAGUCGGCUUAAAGACGGCCUCAGCGGCCAAGCAUCUUUAACUAUUGAUGGUAUCCUCUCUAGCACAGUAGACUCGGCACAAACUAUUGCUCUUUGUGCACAACAUCAAAAACGGAUUGUCGACGAUAUCCUGACUUUGAGUAAGCUUGAUUCGCAGCUACUACUGGUCACUCCUGUGGACGCGCAGCCUCUUACAGUAGCGCAACGUGCGUUGAAGAUGCACGAAGGCGAGCUUCAGACUGCCGAUAUUCAACUGAAAUUCGUCGUCGAUGAGUCGUAUAAGAAGCUCGGCAUUGAUUGGGUAAAGUUCGAUCCUUCGCGCGUCUUGCAAGUAUUGAUCAAUCUUACCACCAAUGCGAUCAAGUUCACGACAACAGAGAAGAAACGUACGAUUACUGUCACACUAGCAGCCUCGACAAAACGUUUCUCUGAACUGGAGAAUCGUGUGGUCAACUAUUUCCCCACGCGUAACAAACAUUCGGAUCUUACCAAAGAGAAGGAUUGGGGUGAUGGCGAAGAAGUAUACAUCCACUUUGCCGUUCAGGACACUGGCCGCGGACUCAAUGAACAAGAAAAGAAGAUGCUCUUUCUACGCUUCUCGCAAGCCUCUCCUCGAACUCACGUGCAAUAUGGCGGUUCUGGACUUGGUCUCUUUAUAAGCAGAGAGCUCACAGAAUUGCAGGGUGGCGAGAUUGGUGUAGCCAGCGAGUUCGGUGUGGGCUCUACCUUUGCUUUCUGGGUCAAGGCAAAGCGAAGCAGUGCUCCACCCGAAGCGGAAGGCCUCAAUCGACCUGCUGUUCGCGCUGCUAGUGAUGCAACUGGCAGGAAGAUACCAUCCAUGGUCAACGCCAAGGCUGGCGGUAUGGACGCAAGGCCCAUCAGAGUUCUCAUCGUAGAGGACAACAUUGUAAACGCGAGGGUUCUCUCCAAACAACUCAAAAAUCUGGGUUGUGUCGUGCAUGUCGCGAAUCAUGGCGGAGAGGCUCUAGACAUCCUUCGCAAGUCUACCUACUGGAAUCACGAGGCAGACACCGAGCACGCCACUCCCGAAUCUGAACGAAUAGGAUUGAGCGUUGUCCUCAUGGACCAAGAGAUGCCUAUCAUGGAUGGGCUGACCUGUACGAGAAAGAUUCGAGAAUUCGAAAGGGAGGGAAAGUUUGUUCGCCAUGUACCCGUCAUUGCAGUAACGGCCAAUGCUCGGAACGAACAGAUUGAGACGGCAAUGAAUGCCGGCAUGGACUCUGUCAUGGCCAAACCGUUCCGGAUCCCAGAGUUGAUGCCCAAGAUCAAUGAGCUUAUGGCCAAAUAUCCGGAAGACUGA